GCUUCAGGUCAGAAGCUCCAGUCAGAUCACAGGAGCUGCCCAGAGACUGUGGUUCUGAAAGAGCUGUUCAAGGGAGCUAACCGGGGCCAGGAGGUACUGAAGAGACUUGGGAAACCAGCUUUGGUGGAGGCGCCAGCCCAAAGGCGUCCUGGGGAUGCAUCAGAACUUCAGGAAGAAGUAGAAUAAGUAACAGCCAGGGGACCCAGACCAGGAACAGGCACUAGGAGGGAACUACCGGCUUAAUAUGGAAGGCUGAAAGCAUCCCCUGUCUCCCACGAUCGGCCUUGUUAGGGUGGAUUUGGCUGCUCUGACUGUCUUCCAGAACACAGAUUAGAGUUUAAUCUUGGAACUCCACUGCCUAAGCUAUGGUGGAAAAAAUGAGGAAAAGGACUGUAAAACCUAGGAUUUGAGAAUCUGUAAUGGCAAAAAUGUAUGUGAAAUCGAAGGAUAUAGUAGAGCUGGUCAACACACAAUCCUGGAUGGACAAAAGUCUGAGUUCUCAAAAUGAGAUGAAGGAACAGGAGAGAAGGUCAGGCUCUUAUGGGAUGCUUGGAACCUUAACUGAAGAGCAUGACAGUAUUGAAGAAGAGGAAGAAGAGGAAGGUGAUGGAGAGAAACCUAAAAGAAGAGGUCCCAAGAAAAAGAAGAUGACCAAAGCUCGCCUGGAGAGGUUCAGGGCUCGAAGAGUCAAGGCCAAUGCUAGAGAGCGGACCCGGAUGCAUGGCCUGAAUGAUGCCUUGGAUAACCUUAGAAGAGUCAUGCCAUGCUACUCCAAAACCCAAAAACUUUCCAAGAUAGAGACUCUUCGACUGGCAAGGAACUAUAUCUGGGCCUUGUCUGAAGUCCUAGAGACUGGCCAGACACUUGAAGGGAAGGGAUUUGUGGAGAUGCUCUGUAAAGGGCUCUCUCAGCCCACAAGCAACCUGGUGGCUGGAUGCCUCCAACUGGGAUCUCAGUCUGCCCUCUUGGAGAAGCACGAGGAAAAAUCUCCAAUUUGUGACUCUACUGUCUCUGUCCACAGCUUCAACUAUCAGUCUCCAGGGCUCCCCAGCCCUCCUUAUGGCCAUAUGGAAACACAUCUUCUCCAUUUCAAGCCUCAACCAUUUAAGAGUUUGGAAGACUCUUCUUUUGGGAGCCAUCCACCUGAUUGCAGUACCCCACCUUAUGAGGGUCCACUCACACCACCACUGAGCAUCAGUGGCAACUUCUCCUUGAAGCAAGGUGGCUCCCCUGACUUGGAAAAAUCCUACAGCUUCAUGCCACACUAUACCUCUGCAAGUCUAAGUUCAGGGCAUGCACAUUCUACUCCUUUUCAGGCUGGCACUUCCCGCUAUGAUGCUCCUAUAGACAUGACCUAUGAUUCUUUCCCCAACCAUGGUAUUGGAACUCAGCUUAAUACUAUCUUCACUGAAUAGACCAGUAAGAUAAACACCAACACUUCAGAAAAUGAGGUGGAGGUAUUUUCUAUGAUUCUAGUGGCUGAGCUAAACCCUCAGAGAAUUUAAAAGAACUCUUUGGAUAUACAUCAAACACAAUGACCCUAAUCCAAUCAGAAUCUCCUAUUCCUGCUAACUUCCUUCUCAUUAACGUCUUACAUUGCAUCAAUUCCUGUAUUUGGGAUUCUCAAGUGAAAAUAUUUGACAGUUUAUAUUCACAUGGUAAUAGUAUAGAAAACCAAGGCUCUGCUCCAGUGGUACCAAAGACUCAUUGGAUGCUAUGCCAACUAACUUUCUAUUUCUGGUGUUUGUUGCUUUCUGAAAAACAUAGUGCAACUAUUCUAAGUCAACAUAUACCUUUCAUCUCUCACAAAUUUCUUAAACUAAAAAGCAAUAAGAGAAAAUAUCAUGAAUGGAAUGAUUAAAUGGAACUGGAAGACAUCAGGUACAUGUCUGUUGACUUAUAGAACAUGAAAUUUGUGUGAAUUUGACAGAUCUUUAUAUCUAUCUAAACAUAAAGUUCAGAGUCUAAUAUAACAACUUGAUUAUUAAUGUAAAUAACCAAGUACAUUCUUUAAGAGAUUAGUUCUAUUUAUUGCUGUGCUGAAAGGUAUGCACACCAUUUUUAGUGAUUUCAGAACCAUGACAGAAACCUCACACAAACUUUUUCUUCUUUUCCUUUUUAAAAAAUUUAUCAUUUGUGCUUUUGUUUCUUUAUUUUGUUUUUACAUACCAACUAAAGUUUCCCCUUCCUCCCCUCCUGCCAGUUCCUCCCCUUCUACUUAUGCUCGCACAUCUACUCCUCUGCCUCUGUUUCUAUGAAUUUUGUUCUUGAUACUAUUUAAAAACAACUAUCUUAGUCCUAGAAACUGAGCAAGAAAGACACUGAAAUAUCUGACUUGUGUGGCCAAUGGAACACAGAAAUAUCAGUGAGUGCAUUUCCUAGCUUCCAUGAUUAAAGGGCUAUGGGAAUUCUGCCAAUGUCUAGGUGCUUCUGUUAGAAUCAGAACACAGCCAAGUUCACACUGCAGGGUAAUAAAGUGGUGGUUGGCUCCCUACCAGCUAAACAAGUUGAGGGACUCUGCCUAACACAUAGCCAACAGAAAAACAUGAUUUUUUUCUCAAAUAAGAUAAAUUUCACUGUUUAAAGGAAAGUGACUAAUUCCAUGGAGCUCCAUUUGCUCCACUAUCAUACAUUCCCAGAACCGCAGUCAAUAAUCAAGCUUGAAUUCUCACAGCACAACCUCACUCCACAUCCUCCACUGAUUGUUACCCUGUCCUCAUUCCUGAGAUGUAAUAUUGCUUUAUAUUAUAGCAGAUAUUUCAAGAGAAGUGACUUAGAAUUGAGAAUCAAAAUUCAGGGUCAGUGAAUGUUUUUAUCAGUUUUUAUCUUCAACAUGGGUUUUGAUUAGUCUAAUGAUUAUUUUUCUUUAUAUGACAUCUCUUUACUUUGUAUCCACACUGGCUCGGCCAAGUUUCUCUUUUACAGAGAAUUCGUUCUGUGAAAUUUUACUAUUCUGAUCUAUCUUAACAAUUAUUUAAGCCCAACCCAAGAAUAUAAAUAGCUUAUUUGAUAGUGGGUCAGGUACAACUACAGGAAUAAAUUUGAGCAAUUUUAAUGACAGAUGCAUAUGCCAUUUUAUAUACCAAACUAAGCAUCUUUUUCCUUUUUUGCUUUUAUUUAUUUAUUCACACCAUAAGUUAUUUUGUGUCCAUCUUAUUGCAGCACUUAAUAUGCUCCACUUUGCACCCCUGGCUUAUAAAUAUAUUUAAAAUUUUGUAGAGAGAUCUUAAACUACACCACCACAGCACCCCCCUUACACACAUCUUGAAGUUCCCUAGUGUGAAUAGGCAAAGGGAGGUGUCUCUAGAGUCAUCCACGGUGGGCUUUUUUUUUUUUAGAGUUUAAUGUUUGUAGCAUUUAUGUUUGUAGAUAAUAAUUUCUAUCUCCAUUAUUUAUUAGAUUCUAUUUAUUUAACUUAUUUAUCUUUUUAUGCAAAAGUUUGGAUCCCAUAGAUAUAUCUGCAACUCCGUAAAGCUUCAUUGGGAAAGUAGCUUACAAGUUUGGAAUGAAAGGAAAGGAAAAAAACAGUUCUUGGUGGCUUGUGAUGGUUUUAUAUAAAGGAGCAAUAAUUUGAAUAGCUAUGCAACUUUUUGGUUUUGGAUUUUCCCCUGUAAGAGUUAAAUUUUUGUUUAUGCCUUUGAAGAGUGUAGUACAUAUGAAUCAAGACUGUAGAAUUGUGAAGAGAGAUUUUAUAACUGAAUACAAUUUUUGAACUGUACUAUGUUUGAAAAGAACUCUUUCUUCAAAUAAUAUCCAUUCUUCUGAGAACAUUUUCAGGUAAAAGUAAGCAGUUGUUAGGUAAAAGCAAGCAGUUGUUUAAAAGAAAUGACUAUGUUUUCUCUCCUUUUUUCAGUAGUAAUAAAGCUUUGGACGUUAUUA